AUGGCGUUGCUAGGGUUUGUGGUGCUGCUGUGCAUCUUUGGAGCACAAGCCACGGUGGACCUUCGCCAUGCAGCUGCCAUGGCUGCAGGAUUGUGCAAGACCAAGCCUACCGAUCUGGUGUUCAUCAUCGACAGUUCUCGGAGCGUGAGGCCCUCUGAGUUUGAGCAGGUCAAGGUGUUCCUUAACAAGGUGAUAGAUGGUCUAGAUGUGGGGCCUGAUGCCACACGUGUUGGUGUUGUAAAUUAUGCCAGUAAGGUGAAGAAUGAGGUUUCACUCAAGUCCUACAAGGCAAAGGCUGCACUGGUCAAAGCAGUGUCAAAGAUUGAGCCACUCUCGACUGGCACCAUGACUGGCCUGGCUAUUCAGUUUGCCCUGAAUGUGGCCUUCAGUGAGGCUGAGGGUGCUCGCACCAAAUCUCCUGAUAUAAGCAAGGUAGCAAUCAUUGUGACAGAUGGACGACCACAGGACAAUGUGCGUGAAAUUGCGGCAAAAGCUAGAGAGUCAGGCAUUGAGAUAUUUGCCAUUGGUGUAGGUCGAGUGGACAUGAAUACUCUAAAGCAAAUGGCUAGUCAGCCUCUGGAGGAGCACACUGACUAUGUGGAGAGCUAUGGCUUCAUUGAGAAGCUCACCAAGAAGUUUCAGGAGGCCUUUUGUGUGACUGACCUGUGUGCAUCAGGUGAUCAUGACUGUGAGCAAAUUUGUAUCAGUGUACCUGGAUCAUUUAAGUGUGCCUGUAAAGAGGGUCAGACACUCAAGGAAGAUGGUCGUACCUGCAGUGCCUGCAGUGAUGCUGUGACUGAUGUGGUCUUCCUGAUUGAUGGCUCCAAGAGCGUAAGGCCUGAGAACUUUGAGCUGGUGAAGAAGUGGAUCAACCAGAUUGUGGAAAAGCUGGACGUGUCUGAAAAGAAUGCCCAUGUGGGUCUGGUGCAAUACUCCAGCACCGUCAAGCAGGAGUUCCCUCUGGGACGUUACAACAGCAAAAAGGAUGUAAAGGAAGCUGUGAAGAAGAUGGCCUACAUGGAACGUGGAACAAUGACUGGCCAGGCUAUUCGCUUCCUGGUUGACAACAGCUUUAGUAUCAGCCAGGGUGCCAGGCCAGGAGUGACCAAGGUGGGCAUUGUCUUCACAGAUGGCAGGUCACAGGAUUACAUUGGAGAUGCUGCAAAGAAGGCUAAAGAGCAUGGCUUCAAGAUGUACGCUGUAGGAGUAGGCAACGCCGUUGAAGAUGAGUUGAAAGAGAUCGCAUCUGAGCCAGUUGCAGAGCAUUACUUCUACACUGCUGACUUCAAAGCCAUAAACCAAAUAGCCAAAGAGCUACACAUCAAUACUUGCUCAGUGGAGGAUCCCUGUGAAUGUAAUUCAGUCACAAAGUUCCAGAAGAAAGUGGAGGCUGCACUACAGGCAAUAACAAAGAAAUUGGAAAAUGUGACAAAGAGGCUUCUUGUUUUGGAGAACAAGAUUGUGUGA